AUAAAAAAUACUCAGUUCUAACAUCAGGAAUCUAAUAACCACAAAUUUAUCAACUUCUACUUGAGUGAGGCAAUAGAUUGCGAUUUCCUUACGUCCACUGGUAGAUCGUUCCACAGCUUAUCGUAGGCAGUGAAAGAUCUAGAGUACACACGCGACUUUUUCGGCGGAAUUGCUAAAUUCAGAUUUGCACUGGAUCACAGACGGUGACUGCUAACAGGAGCCAGAAAACUAAAUCUUUCUGAUAGAGACGUAGGGGAUGCAGGAUUAAAUAACCCGUUGAAAAAUGUCGUUUAGUAGGUAUAUACGAUGUCAGUGUGUAAUCGCACUCAGCACUCACAAUGAAUACACGUGGUUUUAUUUUAAUCGCCUGCCGUGUUUUACGUCAUUCAUGCAUUUGCGCUUAAGAUACUCAAGUGCUUGCUAUAAAGUCCUCGUCACGACUGACAAUAAAAACCGUCCAAGAGCAUUUCAGGCUAUGCUCAGUCUAGGUACCACACUACGGUACCGUAGUGGCCAGUCCAUCAUAGGCAGACUUAUAAGGAACAGCAUGAACAUUGCAAAGAAUAUGUUCCCUGAGAUUCACGUUAUUGGUCCGGCAUUUUUGUAUUAUCUACUAAUUGCACAGCAAUUAUCCCAGGCUUCAGUACCAGAAAUUACAAAGGGCCCUGAGUUGCCCAGACCCAUAGUGCACACUCCAGUAGGCAGUUACCGAGGUCUGCAGGCACAGGAUGGAGAUUACUCUUUAUUUUUAGGCAUCCCGUAUGCAAGAGUUGAUCCGGACAACGUUUUUGGUCCUCCGAUUCCACAUAAAUUUGAAGGGAUAUUCGAAGCCGUCGACGAUACUUCAAGGUGUCCACAAAUUGAAGAAUUUAACCACACAAUCACAGGGUCAUUGGACUGUCUUCACGUCAACAUUCACGUACCAAACAGCGCUGGUAUUGAUAAUCCCUUGCCUGUGAUGGUUCACAUAUAUGGGGGCAUAUUCGAAUUUGGAUUUGCAGGCAGAUACGUCUACGGACCACGCUUCUUGGUCAGACAUGACGUUAUUUUCAUUACUUUCAACUAUCGCGUUGGUCCUUACGGGUUUAUGUGUCUAAACACAUCUAAAGUACCAGGGAAUCAGGGUUUGAAAGAUCAAAUACAAGCACUACGCUGGAUUAAAAAAUAUAUACGAUAUUUUGGCGGAGAUGAGUCUAAAAUCACUAUAGGGGGAAACAGUUCAGGUGGAGAGUCGGUGGAUUUACAUCAGUACUUUUUACAGGAACCACUUUAUAAUAGAGUCAUUAUGCAAAGUGGUGUUGGGAUAUCUCGUCCACUUAGCAUAGAUCCAGAUCCAUAUGCUCCUAUAAAAUUAGCAAAGCAAUUGAAUUAUACAACUAAUGAUAUUAGCAAAGCUUUAACAUUUCUGAAUAAACUAGAGCCACAUGAACUUAUUGCUGCGACACGGGAUUCCGGUGUAGUUUUUGGACCGUGUGUUGAAAAGCAAUUCAAGAAUACUGAUAACUAUAUAACGAAAUAUCCAGCUGAUAUGAACACAAUUACUCGUAGAGAUGUCGACGGUUUAAUUGGUAUUAAUAACGACGAAGCCUAUGCGAUAAUAACAAUAAUAGAAAAAGAUGAAUUUGAAAGUACGGACUACGUGUCUAGAAUGUUGGAAACUUAUUAUGAUUUCAAAAAUGAUAUUAAGCUUUCAGAUGAAAUAAAAAAGAUUGUCCGUUUGUUUUAUUAUGGUGAUGAUCUCCAAUGUGCAGAUAAUAAGAGACCGGAAAUGAAUGUAUAUGCCGAUUUUGUUUUUCACAGUCCGAUAUUCAGAACUGUUAGAAAAUAUUUGGAAAGUGGGGUAAACAACACUUACUUCUAUAUGUUUUCAUUUGCUGGUGAAAGGAAUUAUCACAAGGAUCUAAUGAAAAUACCAAAUACAGAAGGUGGUGCCGCUCACGCAGAUGAGCUGGGAUAUUUAUUUGAUAUUUCUUACAUGAAAGACCGGGUACGUGAUGAAGAUAUGCUUAUUGUAGACAGGAUGACUGAGCUUUGGACUAAUUUUGUAAAAUAUGGAAAUCCAACACCGAAACCAUCAAAGUUGAUUCCUCUCCAAUGGCCACGUGUAUCCCGGGACAAACUGCCAUAUUUGGAGAUAAACACUGAACUACGCCUAGGUUCCAGACCGAUGCACGAGCGGAUGAGCUUUCUAGACCUUCUGCACAAGCAUAUUGGACGUUAUCAAAGGGUGAUAAGCAAGGACUGAACAACGAAAUAUGGAAUGAGCAAUAAGAAAAUAUAUAAACACAAAACACUUU